AUGGUGGAUGGUGUCCCAGGCAUUGGGGUCAACGUAGCCGUGGUUGCAGCCACGUGGGCUCAGGUUACCAUCUUGCUCCCUGUGCGGGUCUGUGCUGCCCCUUGUGCAUUAAAGCGGCUCCGUAAAUGGGAAAUAAAGCGUUGUCAGUGUUGUGGCUCCCGUGGAACUCAUUUGGCCUGUUCAUCUAUAAAGUCAUGGGAGGAAAACUGGGAGUGCAUGGAAUGCAGAAGUAUCAUUGCAAAAUCAGGGAACUAUAGCAAACGGAAAAAGCAUUCUUUGACUACCUCUGAAAAGACAGAUGGGACAACUUGUUUGCUGGAAGAGCCAUCUCCAAAGUGCCCUCGGCAGUCACCUGGAUCUCAACGCAAUUGUCUUCAAUCACCAAAGAUAAUGUGCCAGAACAACUUGUCACCCUGUUCACACCUAGAGCUUCCAGCAUCCAACAGAGUGACAAUGUCCUUAUCUCCACUGAUGUCAAACAGGAACUGGUCCCAGAGAAAAAAGUAUUUAAGAAACCAGAGAAUGGAAGCUUCUAAUAUACUGAAGGAGUUAAAGCUACAAGUUAAUACAAAAACCACAAGGCUUAACAUCAAUGCAGAUAACAUCUGGAAUAGUACUUUGAAAGGGUUUAGACAGCGCAACUUCAGUCCUACAAAUACCAUUGAAAUAAAAUUCACAAACUGCAAAAAUAGAUCAAAGAGAGAUACUUUUGCUGCAUCAAAACGCCAUUUCUUCCAAUUAUUAAUGCAUCACCUUCAGAAUUCAUCACUGUUUGAGGGCUCUUCUGCAAAGAACUUGUCCCUUGAUUUUCAAGCUGUAAAAGAGAAUCUUUAUUUUGAAGCUGGUAAGAUGAUUGCAGUUUCUCUGGUUCAUGGUGGCCCAUCUCCUGGUUUCUUUUCCAAAACACUGUUCAAUUGCCUUGUCUAUGGUCCAGAGAAUGUGAAGCCAGCUUUGGAAGAUGUUGCUGAUGUUGAUGUUGCACAAACAAUACAAAUGAUAAAAUAUGCAAAUAGUCUGCCCAGCCUGCAGUCUGCAAUACACAACUCUUACGAAUUCCUUGCUGCUGCUGGAUGUUUAAGACCUGUAACAGCUCUAUGUGAUAAGAAUAUGCUGGUGAAUGACAUACUGAUCCAUCAUGUAAUCAAGAGAAUUAUGUCACCCUUAGAAAGUUUUAGGCAAGGUUUGAAAACUCUUGGUGUGCUAGAGAAAAUGCAAAUGCAUCCGGAUGCGUUCUCUAGUAUAUUGUGCCACAAACCUGAAAGACUUUCAGCAGAAACCAUUUGUGAUCUUUUUACAAUCCAUUGCUCAUCGGAUGUAAAUGAAGUUGAAGGUGCUGAUUUUUGGAUGGGUUAUUUGCAAGAUGUGGAAAGUGGUGAGUCUGUAGUGACAUUGGAGGACAUUCUGCUCUUUGUAACAGGUUCUUUUUCCAUACCGCCCAUUGGUUUUGAUCCUGAACCUACUAUAAAAUUUUUGCAUAUAAGUUAUCCAGUUGGAAACAGACUCCUUAAUUGCUUGGAACUCCCUAUAACAAAGACAUACGAGCAGUUUAAAAAUAAAAUGGAGGUUACCAUCAGAAACACACUAAGAGUUGAAAGAGAAUAA